AAGAAAAGGUCGUGAACCUCUUCCCCCAUCCUUCUUCUUCAUAUCUACUAAGUAAAUGAGAAAUAUUCAUUUCCAAAGCAAACUGGUGGAUUAGCUGCACUGACUGAGACGCUGGUUCCCCUUACACAUAGUCAUCCCAUCAUGUGACAUCUUGACCAGUUCCCACUCAUGUUCAUUUCCUGGACCAGAUGAAAGUUAAGUUCCUGCUGGUUCUCCUAAGUUCUUCCUGGAUACUUGUGUGUAUAUGUAAACUUACCAUAUUAUAUACAUGUGUCUCUGGGAUAUAUAUGUGUGUUUGCCUGCUUAUUUCCUAUGUUGUGAAGCAGUGGCCAACUUACAUGGGGCAGGCCAAAAUGUAAGCUCAUGUAGCAAUCAAAUUUGGUUUAGAUGAUGCUCAAAAUGAUAUUUGGACAAAAUGUGCUUUGACUCUGGUCCUUGGGUAUGAAAUUUGCGCAGCAGGAGCUAGAGUUGUAAAGACCACAAAACAGAACCAGCUAUGAUUUAUUUGAGAGUAGAUUUCCAAAAAGAAUAUGCUGGUUUAGCAUUCUCUUUGUAAGCUAGCCCACUUCUAAUGGCUUGUUGCUUCACCAUAUAAGGGAAUAUGUGAAAAGUUUUAACAAUUGCUUGCUGAGAACAUCCAGUUCUCAUUUUGAAACGUUAAAAAAGGGGAGGAAAAAAAGAGAGACAAGCUGCUGAGCACCACUACAUUGAGCAUGAUGUGUCCCCUGUUACCGUUCGUGUGUUUCAUGUGAAGUAUUGUUCUGAUUAACUGACAUCCUUGCUUACAAGUUUCACUAACCCUUUGGAGUUUAAGCACAAAUGCACAAAGGGAAAAGAGGACGACCUGUUUGGGGUUCUUUUUUGCAAAAAACAAACAGUCGCAUGCUGGACGCUAACACCAAGCUUACACUGUAUGUGCGAUACGGCUGAGCUGCUCCAUAAGGCUCUAUCUCUUAUCUGCCCAAGGCGUACCCUGCAACUCUGGUAAGUAGAAGCCUUUUAUGUUUUCUUUCCUCCUCUCCCUCUGUCUUUUUCUGCUUGUUUAGGUCAGAAUGCCCAUGUUUGGUGGGGCUGAAAUGGAUGUCUCUGGAUUAUUUCCCAGCUCAGUGCUUCCUGCCUAUCCUCCACUUACAAGGGUGUUGGAAGGAACAGUGUGUAGUCUUUUCUCUUUGGCUGGGCUCCAGGCGUUUCUUCAAUAUCAUCAUUUCUGAGACUUCAUGAAUCGCACUGAAGAAAUUAGAAGUUCUCAAAAGAAUCUUUUUCUUUGUCAUAUUAUCUGCUUCUGAAUAGUUUUUACAUGGAUUUUUUAAAAGGACUUUUUCAUAUGUCUUAAAGAGUCAUAUGCCAGUGUGAUUUUUCCUUUAGUCUGUGUAGAAUAGAUACCUAGUAGAAUCGCUUGACAUACGUUUACCUUAUAUGAGUUAAACUCUACAUUCUAGGUCAGAAAACAAGGUGGGGAUGGGGAAUAACGCAUAAUAUUUUGAAUAGUGUGGAGAAUUCUGUCGGUUAUUCCAUUAUUUGAACAAAUCCAGUGAGAUGGAGAUGUGAACCAAAUCUGUUCCCUCAUUUGCUAUCCAUUGUGCAUCUCUUACAAUGUGUAACUAAUCAAGCUUGAGAUGCUCAGUGCAUGAUUUUAAAAUCUGGGGCCAGAAUAGGUUAAUGAUUUUAUGGAUUUCCUUACCGUUUAUCAGUUUAUUCAUUUAUUCACCAAAUGUUUAUUUAACUUCUGGUACUGUUCCUAGACACCAAAUGGGCAAAGUACCUGCUCUUAUGGAGGUUACUUCUCCCUGAGGCAGAAAUGAACUGCAUUAUUUAGGAGGCAGGGAAGUGAUUGGCAGUUGCUUCAACGAGAUCUUCCAUGGUUAAGUUAAAGAGUUAAAUAAGGAUCAGAAAGUAAUACUGACCAAAGGAGGGCAGAUAAAACCAUCUAUAGAAGGUGAAGAUGAUGAACAUGAACAAGAAGAGCUAGAAAGCUGGAGAGUAAUAAAAGUGAUGAAGUAUUGUAAGUGGUAAAACACUUGAAUGAUUUAAUUUCUGAAUACCAUCAUUCUGUGAUAAAAGGCUUCAAAAUAGGAACUCUUUAGGAGCUGUUUUUAGGCUUUUUUGCAAGGGUAAUUUUGACAACGUAUAUGGUUCACCUUAUUCACUGACCUUAGGACCUAACUCCUGUCUGAGAUGUGACUCUACUGUACUUAUCCUUCAUGAUCUUCUGGAUUUGACCGGGGUGGCAGUAUACUAGCACAAGAUUUAGAGUGAGAUCUUGGUUGGAUUCUGGAACUCCACUAGUUUUGUGACUUUGGACAAGUUACCUAACCUUUCUGUGCCUCAUUUUCUUAUCUGCAAACUAAAGAUUAAAAUAAUUGCUUUCAUAAGAUUGUUGUGAGGAUUAAAUAUCAGUGCUCAAUAAAUAUAUUAAGUGCUCAAUAAAUCUGUUAAGUGCCCAGCAAGUGGUAGCUGUAAUCAUGGUGGCUGUGCUAUCCAUUCUAGCCUGGACCAGAAGAAAAGUUACUAGUGGCUCCAGAGGCAAGGGUCCCCAAGUCUGCUCCUUGCUUGACUUGCUACUUCCAAUUCCUAGAACUAGUUUAACUUAGAGCCAUUGCCUUGGGAGACACUAGCAUUGGCCCCUGAGAGUAUGACUGCCCCAGUUGCCAACAGCUGCGUGAGUAAUAUACGCAGGGCCAUUUCCUGAGAUGCACAACUGUUGUGUGGCUGUUGGGCUGCUUAAAUCUCUCUUCUGACCCUGUGGACCAGUCCUGCUGAACUCCUCAGCAGGGGAGUGCUACUUCAAGAGUCUUCUGCAUGGGUUGCAACACUGAGAAGUUGUAAUAUGGGAUUGAAUUCUCAUUUUGGGGAACUGGUAUGUGUCUGUAAGAACUUUCUGGUGAUUUUGUCUUAGAAAUAGCUGGUCUCUCACUUUCACUGCUUGCUACUUCAUAGAGCUUGUCACUCAGAUAUGCUUAAUGCUACCAUCCCUCAAGUAAUCUGUGAACUUCUGGCCAUGUUAAACGUUCUGCAGUUUAGAAAAAUUCUUUAGCAUUAACACUGGCAGGCUUCAAAAUGUUCCCUAUGCGUUGGGGCUCAUCCCAGGCUGAAUUUUUCUUGUGGUCAGCAUUUGAUAUACUAUCGUUCUCUGAAUGACUCCUUUCAACAGUUGUGCUUCUCUGAUUUAGUUUUCUUUUUCAUUUUUUCUUUUAGGGUUGCAGAGCAGUUGCUGGGGUGAUUGACCUAGGCACAGUGGAGAUAUUUCCCAUCUUCAGAGCCAUGCAAAAGGGCCUCAUUGACCAAGACACAGGACUUGUACUCCUGGAAUCCCAGGUUAUCAUGUCUGGCCUCAUUGCCCCUGAGACCAGUGAGAAGCUCUCUUUGGAGGAGGGCCUAGCCAGAAACCUUAUUAAUCCCCAGAUGUACCAGCAGCUCCAGGAGUUACAGGAUACCCUGUCCUUAAUAAGCAGGCUUACUGAGAGGAAAGGCCCUCUUUCUGUGGUGGAAGCAAUUGAAAAGAAAGUCAUCAGUGAGAGAGUUGGACUGAAAAUCUUAGAAGCUCACCUGGCAGCUGGAGGUUUCAGUCUCCCCCCCAAUGAGAACUAUAUUAAUUUAGAGGAGGCUUUUCACCAAGGCCUCAUUUCUGCAUGGCUUUACUCAGUGUUAGAGUCUCACCUGAGAUCAUCCAAGAAUUUGAUAGACCCCAACACAGCUGAGAAAAUUGGUUUACUGGACCUGAUGCAGAGAUGUAUUGUCCACCAAGAAUCAGGGUUGAAAUUGCUGCCUGUCAAGCAAUUGGCGGGGGGAAUGGUGAGCUUGAAAUCAGGCCGGAAGGUUAGCAUUUUCCGUGCAGUUCAGGAAGGACUGAUAGAUCGGCAGGUCACUGUCCGGUUGCUGGAAGCUCAGCUUUUUGCUGGUGGCAUAGUAGAUCCAAGAACAGGACACAGACUUACAGUGGAAGAGGCUGUAAGACAUAAUUUGAUUGACCAAGAUAUGGCCUGUGCUAUUCUCAUAAGGCAGCUUCAGACAGGAGGCAUCAUAGACACUGUCACUGGGCAUAGACUGACAAUAGAUGAAGCAGUGAGCAGUGAUCUAGUAGCUGCUAAGAUUGCCCUUGUGCUUCUGGAGUCCCUUUGGUCAUUCAUGGGAUUGCUGUGGCCUGAAUCUGGAGAGAUCCUCCCAAUUACAGAUGCCCUGGAACAAGGUAUUGUGUCUACUGAACUAGCUCGUAAAAUCCUUAGUGGCCGACAGCAUAUUAAAGCCCUGUUUCUACCAGCAACCACAGAGAUUUGGACCUGGGAAAAAGCAAUAGAAAAUGGUAUGUUGGACAAAGAUCUUGUCAAUAACUUAAAAUCAAUUUGCAUACCUGAUGUGAUGCCCCACAUACAAUUAGCAGACUCUUCAGAACGAAGCAAAUUGAACAUUAGUCCUGGAGCAACAGGUCUAGUGUACAGCAAGGGCCCAGCUGAGGGCACAGUGAGCCGUAGCAAGAAGCUGUUGUUUCAACUGAUGACUCACAGCUACAUUAAUGUGCGGAAUGGACAGAGGCUGCUCCUGUUAGACAGUGAGCUCGUAGAGACACUAACAGCAAGAGGUGAAUAUCGAGCAGGUCUUCCAGAAGUGUUUGGAGUUGAGCAUCAGAGACUAGAAACUCCCGAGGAAUUACAAGAAUCAGUGAGUGUGAAAAUUACAGAAACCUCUUGUGAUGGGCUGACUGUGAGGCCACGUGAGUUCCAGUUUUCUUCUCAGAACAAAGAAUAUCCCAAUCAGGCAAAUUUCACUGAAACAAAAGGCAAAAAGACCCUUGUAGAAACAGAAGUUUCCUUGAUACAGAACCCUGAAAAGGACCUCUUUGUAAGAGAACAAAAAGGGGGAAAUCCAAAUGUUGAUACUUUGAAGGUCAUAAAUAAAGUCAAAUCAGAGUUAAAAAGGCAAUUGUUAGGUACCAAAAAGGAAGACCAAACAGAAAUGUCUGCCAGAGAAAAUGUCAGCAGAGGUUUUAUCUUUACAGUACCUCCCGAGGAAGCAGAAGAUGUGACCUUGGUGGUGGACAAAAAUCCUUCCUCUAUUGAAACACCAAAGGAAGAAUGGCAGACUGUCAGAAAGACUUCCUUAAUGUGUCAGAAAGAACAAGCAAACACACUUGAAAUUGAAUAUAUUCCAGGUGAAACUGGAAGACCUCUCCUAAAACCCCAAAGCAAAAAGUCACAAUUUCAGAUAGAGAAAACUCAAGCUUUAGAAUCGGAACUAAAGCCUGAAAAUGAUAUGAAUACUCAUUCUCUGGACAAAAAGAAAGCCUUACAUAAAAUACCUUUGGGUGGGGAUGACCAUAAACAAAGUCCAGAAGGACAGAACAUCGCGGGUGGUAGUAUGAUGAUGUUAGAAAACACAGAUGAGGAAGAAGAUGGUCGUGAAACUUCCCUGUCAUGCAGUCAUCCUUCAGAACUGCUUGAAGAACCUACCUUAAAUAUAUUAUCUGCACAAUUACUAGAUGGCGGUAUCUUUCAUGAACAGACAGGUCAAAAGCUCUUACUAAAUGAAGCAAUAGCCCAAGGGAUUGUGCCCAGUCACACUGCUGUGAAACUUAUGGGAAAGCUGAACAUGUUUCGGGGCUUCUUUGACUCUCAGACCUGCGAGUCUUUGACAACUGAAGAAGUCAUUGAUGAAGGUCUGAUGGAUGAGAAAUUAUUAUAUAAUGUCCUCAUGGCAGACAAAGCUAUAAGUGGGGUCUUAGACCCCCGUACCCACACACUCUGCUCUGUGAAGGAAGCAGUUGCAGUGGGACUUCUUGACACGCAAACAGCCACCAGAAUUUUAGAGGGGCAGGUGGUGACUGGUGGAAUUGUUGACCUGAAGCGAGGUAAAAAAGUUUCGGUAACUUUGGCCUCAAAUCUUGGCUUGGUGGACAGUGCUGACCAGACAGAACUUAUAAAUCUGGAGAAAGCUUCCAAAGGCAGAGAUGCUGAAAAAACAGUUAUGAAGAGAUUAAUUAGCUUACAAAUGGAAACAACUGGAGUUAUGGAUCCUGAUAGCAAAGCUCCUUUAACAAUUGUGCAGUCUAUUGACAGAGGGCUUUUGGAGAGAGGAGAAGCUGUUCAGUUGUUGACUAAGCAAGUGGUGGAUGGAGGUAUCAUUCACCAUAUAUCUGGGAUGAGACUUUCUGUUGAUAAUGCUUUUAAACAUGGCAUCAUCGAUGAAGAUUUAGCCAAGCAACUCAAAAAAGUUGAGAACUUAAGCCUCCAUCAGUUUUUUAAUCCUGAAACAAAGGAAAUUAUUUCCCUCCCUGAAGCCAUAAAUUUAGAUCUUAUUACCCCAGACUUGAAAAGAGAAAUCCAAGAAAUUCAGGCCUUGACUGGAAGCUUUGUGGAUCUCAUUUCUAGCCAGAGAUUGACCUUAGCAGAAGCUAAAAAAGAAGGAUUGUUAACUAAUAAAGCAAUAUUGUCUUCAGGAAUGAUGCAUGGGAUUGUAGAUCCUGAGAAUUCCAGAAUUGUUCCCUAUUCAGAAUUAAUAAAGAAAUGUAAGAUUGAUAUUGAAUCUGGACAGAGAUAUUUAGAAGUAAUUCCCUUCUCAGACAUUAAAGAUGGAGUAAGUGAUAAAGUACUUACAUUGUCUCAAGCAACUCAGCUUGGGAAAGUAGACUUUGCCUAUGCAGUGAAGGUUCUAGAAGCUCAGGCAAAUACUGGGGGAAUCAUAGAUCCUGCCACGGGAAAAAGACUGACAUUGGCAUCAGCUUUGGAACAGAAAUUAGUGGAUGAAAACAUGGUCAGAAUUAUUGCAUCUCAUCAGGUGUUAAAUGGAGGAAUUGUUGACAUAUUUAAUGGUCAGAGAGUGACUUUAAAGGAAGCUAUUGAGAAAGGAUUUAUCAGUCCUGAACUGGCAGCUAUGAUCCAAAUAGAUACUUUAGGGUCCAGUGAUCGUGGGGCUCAGACUGAAAAGCAAAUUGUAGUUGAAGCACGUGAAUUAAAGAAGGAAUUUCUCAGAAAGGAAAUGUUAAUUGCUGGUAAUCAAACUGCUGGAAUGCGUUGUUGUAAAAGUGAAAGUGAGAAAUUAUUUCAAAUUGAAAGUCAGUCUGUGCAAGAAAAGAUUAAAAUAAGAGUUUCUGAUGGGGAGCAGGCAAAAAAGAGCAGGGAAAUUUCAUUAACGGAAUUGGAGUGCAAGGAUCAAGAUAAGAGGAGAGCUUCUCCAGAUGCUAAAGAAUCUGUCAAUAUCAUAAUUCCUAGUGAUCAUAAAGGUAAAUCAUUGGAAAAAAAUACAGAUGAAGAGCAGGAAGAAAUAGUGGCACAAACAGAAAUUAUUUCUCAUGUGAAACAGUCUAUAUCAGGUCUAGAUUCUAAAGAAAUAAGGGAAAACCAAGGAGAAGUUAUUUCAGAAGUACAAGAAUCAAAUGGUAAAACUUCAGGCAAAUUUCUGAGUGAGCAAUUUAUGCAGAAACCAGUGAAUACUGGGGAGAAAAGUAAGAGAGAGAAGAGGGAGAUGGUUGUAGAAGAAAGUGUCAAAAUAUGCAAACCAGCAGUUUGUUCAGAAGAAAAGUUGAAUCGGAAGACUGCCAGUAGAGAUGACCAUGAUUCCAAUAUAAAGAGUCAACCUAUGGAAGUAACCGUAAGUGAAAAAGGUAAAGAAGCUGCUAGAGAGCUGGGAUUUUCUAUUACUUGUAAAGCUGAAGACUCUUCUUCCCAAAUGAUACCCAAAGGAAUUUCUGUAAAAAAUCAAGAUGCUUUAACAUUCAAUUCUAAUCAGGUCAGUGAAGAAGUCGAAAAUUUAAGCCUCUGCUUGACUUUAAAACCAGAAGAAAAUUUAUCUCAAGACAUUACUGAUGGGGCCCAGAGUGAACCGUUCUCUUCUAUGACCCCAAGACCUGAAGGAUUGCACUACCAGGAAUCAGUUGGAAAAGCCCAAGUUGCAGACACAUCUCGAAUUUCCAAAACAGACAAAUCUUUCCAAGGAACCACCAGACAGGAAACCAACUAUCAUCAGGAUUCCUGUGUUACCUUUAAGACUAAGGAAACCAAAGAUCUCACUUGCUCAUCUGAUGAAUAUAAAGAAAAAUCUUAUCAAGAAGUACCUUUUGAUUCAACAAGAACCCUUACAUUGGAAGAAAUCACAGUUUCUGGAGUAGACCCAAAAGAAGUGCAUUUUGUGGAAUUCUCAGAUAGAAAAGACCUUCAUCAUCAGGACAGCAAAACUGAUAGUGAACUUUGUGGAAUUCUAGAAUCUAAAAUAGUAACAACUCAGGAGAUAACUGGAGAGAAAUUUCCAGAAAUGUCAAACCUUAUAGUUACAGGUACAGAAGCAGGGUCCUUUAAAGGCAUAGUGACUCAGGGAGUUCCUAGAGUCUUGGCGUCCCUUCUUCCAGAGAAAUUGUUCCAAGACGGGUCUCAAAAAGAGAGUAUCGGGCAACAGGAUGCUACGAUUAGUCCCACCAUUCCAGAGACCAGUGAAGAAAAGACAGUGCCCCUCAUAUACCCUACAGUGAAGAUGGAUGAGAAGACACCACAGGAAAAGCUCAGAGAAAGCCCUGGCAGUGAACAAACUCCCUUUGUGACUGCACCCAGGGGAAAGGGAAAUGAAAGGGUAAACCUGGAGCCCUGCAGAGCAACUCAAAAUGUAUUUAACCGACAACUCUGUCUAGAACAUGAUGAGAAGCUGGUAUCCUAUCUGUCUCUAUUACGAGACAUUGAAAUGAGGACCAAACAGAUUCAACCUCUGGAGCUAAACUUGGCAGAGCUACAGGAUCUGCUGUGUCAGGCCAAGGUUUUAGACAAGGAGCUAAAGGAUCUGUCCACCUUGGUGAGUCAGGAAUUGGAGUGCGUGAAUCAGAUUAUUGUCAGCCAGCCUCAAGAAGUCCCUGCUCAACUGUUGAAGGCUCUAGAGAAAGAUGCCAAGAAUCUUCAAAAGUCCCUCAGCUCUGUGAGUGACACCUGGAGUUCCAGACUACUCCACCUCCAGAAUGCUGUGGAAGUAAAAAAGAGUAAAGUGUUAACUCAGCACGAACAGCUAGAAGGCAGACUUCAAGAUCUGAGAUCCUGGGUUGGCAAUACCAAUCUUAUUCUGAACAGCAAGGAAUAUAACAGUGAAACAGAUGCUGAGAGCCUGAAUCACUGUCUCCGACAGCAUGAGGAUUUGAAACAACCCAUGGCUGAAAGGAAAUCUCAGCUGGACGUGCUUGCCUUUGAUAUUCAGUUCUUUAUCUCUGAGCAUGCCCAGGACUUGUCCCCUCAGCAGAACCGACAGAUGCUGAGGCUUCUGAAUGAACUGCAGAGGUCCUUCCAGGACCUUGUGGAGCAGACUGCAGCUCAGAUGGAUGCCUUGCAGGGCCAUCUUCAACAAGUGGAACAGGCGGCCCAGGUCAAGACCCUACAGAAACAACAAAAUACCUGUCACCAGAAACUAGAGGAUCUUUGCACCUGGCUAGGACAGGCAGAAAGAGCAUUGGUGGGCCACCAAGGUAGAGCCAUCCAGCAGGAUCUCUCUGCUUUGCAGAAGAACCAAAGUGACUUGAAGGAUUUACAGGACGACAUUCAGAAUCAUGCCACCUCAUUUGCCAGUGUUGUCAAAGACAUUGAAGGGUUCCUGGAAGAGAAUCAGAACAAGCUGAGCCCCCGUGAGUUGACAGCUCUUCGGGAAAAGCUUCAUCAGGCCAAGCAGCAAUAUGAGGCUCUCCAGGAACGGACAAGGGUGGCCCAGAAGGAGCUGGAGGAAGUAGUGACCUCAGCCUUACAGCAGGAGACUGAAAAGACUAAAGCAGCAAACGAACUGGCUGAGAACAGGAGUAAGAUCGAUGCUCUCUUGGAAUGGGUGACUUCAGUAGGAUCAUCUGGUGGACAGCUGGAGCAGCCCUUAGGAGCUAGCCUGGAGAAAAGAACCUUGGAUACUACUGAUGGUCACAUGGGGGUGAACCAAGUCUCAGAGGAACUGGACAAGCAAUGUGUGAAGAUGAAGGCUGAUCACCAAGACUUGCUGUCUCAGCAGCAAAAUUUCAUCCUGGCCACUCAGUCAGCUCAGACCUUCCUGGACCAGCAUGGCCACAAUCUCACACCCGAAGAACGACAGAUGCUACAAGAGAAGCUAGGAGAGCUAAAGGAACAAUAUGGAACUUCCCUGGCCCAGUCAGAGGCAAACCUGAAGCGGGUGCAGACACUACGGGAUGAGCUGCAGAAGUUUCUGCAGGAUCAUCGAGAGUUUGAAAACUGGCUGGAACGGUCUGAAAAAGAGCUGGAGAACAUGCAUAAGGGAGGCAGCAGCCCUGAAGCCCUUCCUUCCCUGCUAAAGCGGCAGGGGAGCUUCUCGGAGGAUGUAAUUUCCCACAAAGGAGACUUGAGAUUUGUGACUAUCUCAGGACAGAAAGUCUUGGACACAGAAAACAGCUUUGAGGAAAGCAGAGAACCCUCAGUGACUGGAACCUUAGUGAAGGACAAGCUGAAGGAUGCAUCAGAAAGAUACACUGCUCUCCAUUCAAAGUGUACACGAUUGGGCUCUCACCUGAACAUGUUGUUAGGCCAGUAUCAGCAGUUCCAGAGCAGCUCCGACAGCCUGCAGGCCUGGAUGCAGACUUGUGAGGCCAAUGUGGAGAAGCUUCUCUCAGAUACUAUAGCCUCUGACCCUGGGGUCCUGCAACGGCAGCUUGCAACAACAAAGCAGUUGCAGGAGGAAUUAGCUGAGCACCAAGUACCUAUAGAAAAGCUCCAAAAAAUAGCCCAUGACCUCAUGGAAAUUGAAGGGGAGCCAGCCCCAGACCAUAAGCAUGUUCAAGAAACUACAGAUUCCAUACUCAGCCAUUUCCAAAGCCUCUCCAGUAGCCUGGCUGAGCGCUCUGCUCUGCUGCAGAAGGCAAUUGCCCAAUCUCAGAGUGUCCAGGAAAGCCUGGACAACUUGUUGCAGUCCAUCAGGGAAGUUGAAAAAAACCUGGAAGAGGAGCAGGUGGCAUCACUGUCAUCUGGAGUCAUCCAAGAAGCCCUGGCCACUAACAUGAAAUUGAAGCAGGACAUUGCUUGGCAAAAGAGCAGCUUGGAGGCCACCCGUGAAAUGGUGACCCGAUUCUUGGAGACUGCAGACAGCACCACAGCUGCAGUGCUGCAGGGCAAACUGGCGGAGGCGAGCCAGCGCUUCGAACAGCUCUGUCUACAGCAGCAAGAAAAGGAGAGCUCCCUAAAGAAGCUUCUUCCCCAGGCAGAGAUAUUUGAACAUCUCUCUGAUAAGCUGCAGCAAUUCAUGGAAAACAAAAGUCGGAUGCUGGCCUCUGGAAAUCAGCCAGAUCAAGAUAUUGCACAUUUCUUCCAACAGAUCCAGGAGCUCAAUUUGGAAAUGGAAGACCAACAGGAGAACCUGGAUACUCUUGAGCAUUUGGUCACUGACCUGAGCUCCUCUGACUUUGCAGUGGACCUAUCCCAGCACCAGGACAGGGUGCAGAACCUCAAAAAGGACUUUACAGAGCUACAGAAGACAGUUAAAGAAAGAGAGGAAGAUGCAUCAUCUUGCCAGGAGCAAUUGGAUGAAUUCCGGAAGCUGGUUAGGACCUUCCAGAAAUGGCUGAAGGAAACUGAAGGGAGUGUUCCACCUACAGAGACUUUCAUGAAUACUACUAAAGAGCUGGAAAAGCAGAUUGAACACCUGAAGGGUCUCCUAGAUGACUGGGCAAGUAAGGGAACUUUGGUGGAAGAAAUGAAUUGCAAAGGCACUUCUUUAGAAAAUCUCAUCAUGGAGAUCACAGCACCUGAUUCCCAAGCCAAGACAGGUUCCAUACUGCCCUCUGUAGGAAGCUCUAUAGGCAGUGUAAACGGAUACCACACCUGCAAAGAUCUGACGGAGAUCCAGUGUGACAUGUCAGACAUAAACUUGAAAUAUGAGAAACUUGGAGGAGUACUUCAGGAACGCCAUGAAAGCCUUCAGGCUGUCCUCAACAGAAUGCAGGAAGUUCAUAAGGAGGCAAGCUCAGUACUGCAGUGGCUGGAAUCAAAAGAGGAAGUCUUGAAAGCCAUGGAUUCCUCUUCAUCUCCAACCAAGACAGAAACAGUGAGAGCCCAAGCUGAAUCUAACAAGGCCUUUCUCACUGAAUUGGAACAGAAUUCUCCAAAAAUCCAAAAAGUAAAAGAAGCCUUGGCUGGAUUACUGAUAACAUAUCCCAACUCACAGGAAGCAGAAAACUGGAAGAAAAUGCAAGUGGAGCUCAAUUCCCGAUGGGAGAGGGCCACCGAGGUGACAAUGGCUCGGCAAAGACAGCUAGAGGAAUCCGCAAGUCAUCUAGCCUGCUUCCAGGCUGCAGAAUCCCAGCUCCGGCCCUGGCUGAUGGAGAAGGAGUUGAUGAUGGGAGUGCUGGGGCCCCUGUCUAUUGACCCCAACAUGCUGAAUGCACAAAAGCAGCAGGUCCAGUUUAUGCUGAAGGAAUUUGAAGCACGCAGGCAACAGCAUGAGCAGCUGAACGAGGCGGCUCAGGGCAUCUUAACAGGCCCUGGAGAUGUCUCUGCAUCCACCAGCCAAGUACAGAAGGAACUCCAGAGCAUCAGUCAGAAGUGGAUUGAGCUGACUGACAAACUCAAUUCUCGUUCCAGCCAAAUUGACCAAGCUAUUGUCAAAAGCACUCAGUACCAGGAAUUGCUCCAGGACUUAUCAGAGAAGGUGAAGGCGGUUGGACAGCGACUGAGUGGCCAGUCGGCCAUCAGCACCCAACCUGAGGCUGUGAAGCAACAACUGGAAGAGACCAGUGAGAUUCGAUCUGACGUGGAGCAAUUAGACCACGAGAUUAAGGAGGCGCAGACACUCUGCGAUGAACUCUCAGUGCUCAUUGGUGAGCAAUACCUCAAGGAUGAGCUGAAGAAGCGUUUGGAGACAGUUGCUCUGCCUCUCCAAGGUUUAGAAGACCUUGCAGCUGAUCGCAUGAACAGACUCCAGGCAGCUCUUGCCAGCACCCAGCAGUUCCAGCAAAUGUUUGAUGAGCUGAGAACCUGGUUGGAUGGCAAACAAAGCCAGCAAGCAAAAAACUGCCCAAUUUCUGCAAAAUUGGAGCGGCUACAGUCUCAGCUACAGGAGAAUGAAGAGUUUCAGAAAAGCCUUAACCAACACAGUGGUUCCUAUGAAGUGAUUGUGGCUGAAGGAGAAUCUCUGCUUCUUUCUGUACCUCCAGGAGAAGAGAAAAAGACUUUACAAAACCAAUUGGUUGAGCUCAAAAGCCAUUGGGAAGAGCUUAGUAAAAAAACUACAGACAGACAAUCCAGGCUCAAGGACUGUAUGCAGAAAGCUCAGAAAUAUCAGUGGCAUGUGGAAGACCUCAUGCCCUGGAUAGAAGAUUGUAAGGCCAAGAUGUCUGACUUGCGAGUCACUCUGGAUCCAGUGCAGCUAGAGUCCAGUCUCCUGAGAUCAAAGGCUAUGCUGAGCGAGGUGGAAAAGCGCCGUUCCCUUCUAGAAAUACUGAACAGUGCUGCUGACAUUCUGAUCAAUUCAUCAGAAACGGAUGAAGAUGAUAUCAGGGAUGAGAAGGCUGGAAUCAACCAGAACAUGGAUUCCAUUACAGAAGAGCUACAGGCCAAAACCGGGUCACUUGAAGAAAUGACUCAGAGGCUCAAGGAGUUCCAGGAAAGCUUUAAGAAUAUUGAAAAGAAGGUUGAAGGAGCCAAACACCAACUUGAGAUCUUUGAUGCUCUAGGCUCCCAAGCCUGUAGCAACAAGAACCUAGAGAAGCUAAGAGCUCAGCAGGAAGUGCUGCAGACCCUGGAGCCUCAGGUAGACUACCUGAAGAACUUCACUCAGGGCCUGAUAGAAGAUGCACCAGAUGGAUCUGAUGCUUCCCAACUUCUGCAUCAAGCUGAGGUCAUCCAGCAAGAGUUCCUAGAAGUGAAGCAAAGAGUGAACAGCAGUUGCAUGACAAUGGAAAACAAGCUGGAGGGGAUUGGCCAGUUUCACUGCCGAGUCCGAGAAAUGUUUUCUCAAUUGGCAGACCUGGAUGAUGAGCUAGAUGGCAUGGGUGCUAUAGGCAGAGACACUGAUAGCCUCCAGUCCCAAAUUGAGGAUGUACGGUUGUUCCUUAACAAAAUCCAAGUCCUCAAGUUAGACAUAGAGGCCUCUGAAGCAGAGUGCCGACAAAUGCUGGAGGAAGAGGGGACUCUGGACUUGUUAGGUCUCAAGAGGGAGCUGGAAGCUCUGAACAAACAGUGUGGCAAACUGACAGAGAGGAGCAAAGCCCGUCAGGAACAGCUAGAGCUGACCCUGGGCCGUGUGGAGGACUUCUAUAGGAAAUUGAAAGUACUCAAUGACAUGACCACAGCGGCAGAGGAGGGAGACGCCCUCCAGUGGGUAGUGGGGACUGAAGUGGAUAUCAUCAACCAACAAUUAGCAGACUUUAAAAUGUUUCAGAAAGAACAGGUGGAUCCUCUUCAGAUGAAAUUACAGCAGGUGAAUGGACUUGGCCAGGGAUUGAUUCAGAGUGCAGGGAAAAACUGUGAUGUGCAAGGUUUGGAACAUGACAUGGAAGAGAUCAAUGCUCGAUGGAACACACUGAAUAAAAAGGUUGCACAAAGAAUUGCGCAACUGCAGGAGGCUUUGUUGCAUUGUGGGAAGUUUCAAGAUGCCUUGGAGCCGUUGCUCAGCUGGUUGGCAGACACUGAGGAGCUCAUAGCCAAUCAGAAACCUCCAUCUGCGGAGUAUAAAGUGGUUAAAGCUCAGAUCCAAGAACAGAAGUUGCUCCAGCGGCUCUUAGAUGAUCGAAAGGCCACAGUAGAGAUGCUUCAAGCAGAAGGAGGUAGAAUAGCCCAGUCAGCUGAGCUGGCUGAUAGAGAGAAAAUCACCGGACAGUUGGAGAGUCUUGAAAGUAGAUGGACUGGACUGCUCAGCAAGGCAGCAGCCAGGCAAAAACAGCUGGAAGAUAUCCUGGUUUUGGCCAAACAAUUUCACGAGACAGCUGAGCCCAUUUCUGACUUCUUAUCUGUCACAGAGAAAAAGCUCGCUAACUCAGAACCUGUUGGCACUCAGACUGCCAAAAUACAGCAGCAGAUCAUUCGGCACAAGGCUCUGGAGGAAGAAAUAGAAAGCCAUGCAGCAGAUGUGCACCAGGCAGUCAAAGUUGGGCAGUCCCUCUCCUCCCUGACAUGCUCUGCAGAACAGGGUGUGCUGUCAGAAAAGCUAGACUCAUUGCAGGCCCGAUACAGUGAGAUUCAAGACCGGUGCUUUCGGAAAGCAGCCCUGCUUGAACAAGCACUGUCUAACGCUAGGCUUUUCGGGGAGGAUGAGGUGGAGGUGCUCAACUGGCUGGCUGAGGUUGAGGACAAGCUCAGUUCAGUGUUCGUAAAGGAUUACAGACAGGAUGUCCUGCAGAAACAGCAUGCUGACCACCUGGCUUUAAAUGAAGAAAUUGUUAAUAGAAAGAAGAAUGUAGAUCAAGCCAUUAAAAAUGGUCAGGCUCUUCUAAAACAAACCACAGGCGAAGAGGUAUUGCUUAUCCAAGAGAAGCUGGAUGGAAUAAAGACUCGCUAUGCAGACAUCACAGUCACUAGCUCCAAGGCCCUCAGAACUUUAGAGCAAGCCCGGCAGCUGGCCACCAAGUUCCAGUCUACCUAUGAGGAGCUGACCGGGUGGCUGAGGGAGGUGGAGGAGGAGCUGGCAGUCAGUGGAGGACAGUCUCCAACAGGAGAGCACAUACCCCAGUUUCAGCAAAGACAGAAGGAAUUAAAGAAGGAGGUCAUGGAGCACAGGCUGAUGUUGGACACAGUGAAUGAAGUGAGCCGUGCUCUCUUAGAGCUGGUCCCCUGGAGAGCCAGAGAAGGGCUGGAUAAACUUGUGUCCGAUGCCAAUGAGCAGUACAAACUGGUCAGUGACACUGUUGGACAAAGGGUAGAUGAAAUUGAUGCUGCUAUUCAGAGAUCGCAACAGUAUGAGCAAGCUGCUGAUGCAGAACUAGCUUGGGUUGCUGAAACAAAACGGAAACUGAUGGCCCUGGGUCCGAUUCGCCUGGAACAGGACCAGACCACAGCUCAGCUGCAAGUACAGAAGGCUUUCUCCAUUGACAUCAUUCGACACAAAGAUUCAAUGGAUGAACUCUUCAGUCAUCGUGGUGAAAUCUUUGGCACAUGUGGGGAGGAGCAAAAAGCUGUAUUACAGGAAAAGACAGAGUCUCUAACACAGCAAUAUGAAGCCAUUAGUCUGCUCAAUUCCGAGCGUUAUGCCCGCCUAGAACGGGCACAGGUCUUGGUGAACCAGUUUUGGGAAACUUAUGAGGAGCUCAGCCCCUGGACUGAGGAAACUCGAGCACUAGUAGCCCAGUUACCUCCUCCAGCUAUUGAUCAUGAGCAACUCAGGCAGCAGCAAGAGGAAAUGAGGCAACUAAGGGAAUCCAUUGCUGAACACAAACCUCAUAUUGAUAAGCUGCUAAAGAUAGGCCCACAACUAAAGGAGUUAAACCCUGAAGAGGGGGAAAUGGUGGAAGAAAAGUACCAGAAAGCAGAAAACCUGUAUGCCCAAAUAAAAGAAGAGGUGCGCCAGCGGGCGCUGGCUCUGGAUGAGGCUGUUUCCCAGUCGGCUCAGUUCCAUGAUAAAAUUGAGCCCAUGUUGGAGACUCUGGAGAAUCUUUCCUCUCGCUUGCGUAUGCCACCACUGAUCCCUGCUGAAGUAGACAAGAUCAGAGAGUGCAUCAGUGACAAUAAGAGUGCCACCAUGGAGCUAGAAAAACUGCAGCCUUCCUUUGAGGCCCUGAAGCGCCGUGGAGAAGAGCUCAUUGGGCGAUCUCAAGGAGCUGACAAAGAUCUGGCUGCAAAAGAAAUCCAGGACAAAUUGGAUCAAAUGGUAUUCUUCUGGGAGGACAUCAAAGCUCGGGCUGAAGAGCGAGAAAUUAAAUUCCUUGAUGUCCUUGAACUAGCAGAGAAGUUCUGGUAUGACAUGGCAGCUCUCCUGACCACCAUCAAAGACACCCAGGACAUUGUCCAUGACUUGGAAAGUCCUGGCAUUGACCCAUCCAUCAUCAAACAGCAGGUUGAAGCAGCCGAGACUAUUAAGGAAGAGACAGAUGGUCUGCAUGAGGAAUUGGAGUUUAUUCGAAUCCUUGGAGCAGAUUUGAUUUUUGCCUGUGGAGAAACUGAGAAGCCCGAAGUGAAGAAGAGCAUUGAUGAGAUGAACAAUGCCUGGGAGAACUUAAACAAAACGUGGAAAGAAAGGCUAGAAAAGCUUGAGGAUGCCAUGCAAGCUGCUGUGCAGUAUCAAGACACUCUUCAGACUAUGUUUGACUGGCUAGAUAACACUGUGAUUAAACUCUGCACCAUGCCCCCUGUUGGCACUGACCUCAACACUGUUAAAGAUCAGUUAAAUGAAAUGAAGGAGUUCAAAGUGGAAGUUUACCAACAGCAAAUUGAGAUGGAGAAGCUCAAUCACCAGGGUGAACUGAUGUUAAAGAAAGCUACUGAUGAAACGGACAGAGACAUUAUCCGAGAACCACUGACAGAACUCAAACACCUCUGGGAGAACCUGGGAGAGAAAAUUGCCCACAGACAGCAUAAGCUGGAAGGUGCUCUCUUGGCCCUUGGCCAGUUCCAGCAUGCCUUAGAGGAACUAAUGAGUUGGCUGACUCACACUGAAGAGUUGUUAGAUGCUCAGAAACCAGUAAGUGGAGACCCAAAAGUCAUUGAAGUUGAGCUUGCAAAGCACCAUGUUCUAAAAAAUGAUGUUUUGGCCCAUCAAGCCACAGUGGAAACAGUCAACAAAGCUGGCAAUGAGCUUCUUGAAUCUAGUGCUGGAGAUGAUGCCAGCAGCUUAAGGAGCCGUUUGGAAACUAUGAACCAGUGCUGGGAGUCAGUGCUACAAAAAACAGAAGAGAGGGAGCAGCAGCUUCAGUCGACACUGCAGCAGGCCCAGGGUUUCCACAGUGAAAUUGAAGAUUUCCUCUUGGAACUGACUAGAAUGGAGACCCAACUUUCUGCAUCUAAGCCCACAGGAGGACUUCCUGAAACUGCUAGGGAACAGCUUGAUACACAUAUGGAACUCUAUUCCCAGCUCAAAGCCAAGGAAGAGACUUAUAAUCAGCUGCUUGACAAGGGCAGGCUCAUGCUUCUAAGCCGUGAUGAUUCUGGGUCUGGCUCGAAGACAGAACAGAGUGUAGCACUCUUAGAACAGAAGUGGCAUGUGGUCAGCAGUAAGAUGGAGGAAAGAAAGUCAAAGCUGGAAGAGGCCCUCAACCUUGCAACAGAAUUCCAGAAUUCCCUGCAAGAAUUUAUCAACUGGCUCACUCUGGCAGAGCAGAGUUUAAACAUCGUGUCUCCUCCUAGCCUGAUUCUAAACACUGUCCUUUCCCAGAUAGAGGAACACAAGGUGUUUGCUAAUGAAGUAAAUGCUCAUCGAGACCAGAUCAUUGAGCUGGAUCAAACUGGGAAUCAGCUGAAGUUCCUUAGCCAAAAACAGGAUGUUGUUCUGAUCAAGAAUUUGUUGGUUAGUGUCCAGUCUCGAUGGGAGAAGGUUGUCCAGCGAUCUAUUGAAAGAGGGCGAUCACUGGAUGAUGCCAGGAAGCGGGCAAAACAAUUCCAUGAAGCUUGGAAAAAACUGGUUGACUGGUUAGAAGAUGCAGAGAGUCACCUGGACUCAGAACUGGAGAUAUCCAAUGACCCAGACAAAAUUAAACUUCAGCUCUCUAAGCAUAAGGAGUUUCAGAAAACGCUUGGUGGCAAACAGCCUGUGUAUGAUACCACAAUUAGAACUGGCAGAGCACUGAAAGAAAAGACUUUGCUUCCUGAUGACACUCAGAAACUUGACAACUUACUGGGAGAAGUGAGAGACAAAUGGGAUACUGUUUGUGGAAAGUCUGUGGAGAGGCAGCACAAGUUGGAGGAGGCCCUACUGUUUUCAGGCCAGUUCAUGGACGCUUUGCAGGCCUUGGUCGACUGGCUGUACAAGGUGGAGCCACAGCUGGCCGAAGACCAGCCGGUGCACGGGGACCUCGACCUCGUCAUGAACCUCAUGGAUGCCCAUAAGGUUUUCCAAAAGGAACUGGGAAAGCGAACGGGAACCGUUCAGGUCCUAAAGCGGUCAGGCCGAGAGCUGAUUGAGAAUAGUCGGGAUGACACCACUUGGGUGAAAGGGCAGCUCCAGGAACUGAGCACUCGCUGGGACACUGUGUGUAAACUCUCCGUCUCCAAACAGAGCCGACUUGAGCAGGCCUUAAAACAGGCAGAAGAAUUUCGGGACACAGUCCACAUGCUGUUGGAGUGGCUUUCUGAAGCAGAACAAACACUUCGCUUUCGGGGAGCACUACCCGAUGACACAGAGGCCCUGCAGUCUCUCAUCGACACCCAUAAGGAAUUCAUGAAGAAAGUGGAAGAAAAGCGAGUGGAUGUUAACACAGCAGUAGCAAUGGGAGAAGUCAUCUUGGCUGUCUGCCAUCCUGAUUGCAUCACUACCAUCAAACACUGGAUCACUAUCAUCCGAGCUCGCUUUGAGGAGGUCUUGACAUGGGCUAAGCAGCACCAGCAGCGUCUUGAAACAGCCCUGUCAGAACUGGUGGCUAAUGCUGAGCUCUUGGAAGAACUUCUGGCAUGGAUCCAGUGGGCUGAGACCACCCUCAUUCAACGGGAUCAGGAGCCAAUCCCUCAGAAUAUUGACCGAGUUAAAGCCCUCAUUGCUGAGCAUCAGACGUUUAUGGAGGAGAUGACUCGCAAACAGCCUGACGUGGACCGGGUCACCAAGACAUACAAAAGGAAGACUAUAGAGCCUACCCAUGGGCCUUUCAUCGAGAAAUCCCGCAGUGGUAGCAGGAAGUCCUUGAGUCAGCCCACACCUCCUCCCUUGCCAGUCCUUUUGCAAUCUGAAGCAAAAAACCCACGGAUCAACCAGCUCUCUGCCCGCUGGCAGCAGGUGUGGCUGUUAGCGCUGGAGCGGCAGCGGAAGCUGAACGAUGCCUUGGAUAGACUGGAGGAGUUGAAGGAAUUUGCCAACUUUGACUUUGAUGUCUGGAGGAAAAAGUAUAUGCGUUGGAUGAACCACAAAAAGUCUCGGGUGAUGGAUUUCUUCCGGCGAAUUGACAAGGACCAGGAUGGGAAGAUAACACGUCAGGAGUUCAUUGACGGCAUUCUAGCAUCCAAGUUCCCUACUACCAAGUUAGAGAUGACUGCUGUCGCUGACAUUUUUGACCGAGACGGAGAUGGCUACAUUGAUUACUAUGAAUUCGUGGCUGCUCUUCAUCCCAACAAGGAUGCUUAUCGACCAACAACCGAUGCAGAUAAAAUUGAAGAUGAGGUCACAAGACAAGUGGCUCAGUGCAAAUGUGCAAAAAGGUUUCAGGUGGAGCAGAUUGGAGAAAAUAAAUACCGGUUCGGGGACUCCCAGCAGCUGCGGCUGGUCCGCAUCCUGCGCAGCACAGUGAUGGUCCGUGUUGGUGGAGGAUGGAUGGCCCUGGAUGAAUUUUUAGUGAAAAAUGACCCCUGCCGAGCACGAGGUAGAACUAACAUUGAACUUAGAGAGAAAUUCAUCCUACCUGAAGGGGCAUCCCAGGGGAUGACCCCUUUCCGAUCACGAGGUCGAAGGUCCAAACCAUCUUCCCGGGCAGCCUCCCCUACUCGCUCCAGCUCAAGUGCUAGUCAGAGUAACCACAGCUGUACGUCCAUGCCAUCUUCUCCAGCCACCCCAGCCAGUGGUACCAAGACUCCACUUCAGUUCUCUCGCUGUUAUGACAAACCCUGGUUGGUAAACAGUAAAGCUGGCAUCCCUAUCAGGGACAGCCAUUAUCCUGACCUCCAGCUGCUCAGCCCCGAGGUUAUUCCAUCAACAGGCAGCAAGUUGAAACGACCAACACCAACUUUUCAUUCUAGUCGAACAUCCCUCGCUGGUGAUACUAGCAAUAGUUCUUCCCCAGCCUCCACAGGUGCCAAAACCAAUCGAGCAGACCCUAAAAAGUCAGCCAGUCGCCCUGGGAGUCGGGCCGGGAGUCGGGCCGGGAGUCGAGCCAGCAGCCGACGAGGAAGCGAUGCCUCUGACUUUGACCUUUUAGAGACGCAGUCUGCUUGUUCAGACACUUCAGAAAGCAGCGCCGCAGGGGGCCAGGGCAACUCCAGGAGAGGGCUAAACAAGCCCUCCAAAAUCCCAACCAUGUCUAAGAAGACCACCACUGCCUCCCCCAGGACUCCGGGUCCCAAGCGAUAACACUGUACAAGCACCCCCAAGCCUCUAUCCACUUUGAAUCCUGCUCCAUACAUCGGGUGUAUAUUUAUUCUGAACGGGAGAAGUUAUAUUGUUAAAAGUGUAAAAGAAUAAUUGUGUUAUGAAGCUGCCUUAUUUUUUUUCUUUUUGUAAGUUACUAUUUUCAUGUGAAUAUUUAUGUAGAUAAAAUUUGCCUCCUGGUAACCCUGUAAUGGAUAGGGCCCAGAAACUAAAUAUUUGAGAAAAACAAGUGAAAAGGUCAAGAUGCGAAUGUGUAUUUAAAAAAAAAAGAAGAAAAGAAAAGCCUCUAAAUAGGGUUUUUGCGCCGUGCAGGGUUGUAAACCUGCUUUAUCUUUUAGGAUUAUUCCUAAAUGCAUCUUCUUUAUAAACUUGACUUGCUGUCUCAGCAAGAUAAAUUAUAUUAAAAAAAUAAGAAUCCUGCAGUGUUUAAGGAACUCUUUUUUUGUAAAUCACAGACACCUCAAUUAGCAAGAACUGAGGGGAGGGCACUUCCAAUUGCUUUGUCCAUUUUUUUAAUGUUGUGUGAUUUUAGCUGAAGGGAGGGAAGCUCUCCUAGGUAACAUUUGCACAUGAUACAGCAAAAGGAGUUCAUUGCAAUACUAUCUUUGAAUACUGUUUCAGUACUGGGUGUUUAAGGGACAAAUAGCUGCUAGAAUUCAGGGGUAAAUGUAACUGUUCAGAAAAUGUCAGAACAUUGGAGGUUUUAAGAGUCCUGGUUUAUAACUUCCUAUCCAGCCCAGCCACCAAUUACUCCUGUGCUCACCAGGACCCAGGCCCUUGGCAAGGGGAGACUCCUUGGUGGUAUUGUGAAUUAUAGAUUUGUUUAUCUGCAUUUUUUGCUAUUUAUUUAAAUGGUCGAUCAAGUUCCCACAAACUGAGGAAUGAAUUCCACGAGCCUAUUCUGAAAAUGUGGACAUAAACACUUGCUUGUCCUUUAAAGGAGUUCACCAGCACACUUGUUAACAAGUCCCGUUUGCUUCUGUCUUUUUUUCUGUGUAAUAAAGUCAACUGACCAAGUGACCAUGAAGAGGGGCUGUCUGGGGCUCCUGUUUUUUAGCUGCUGUUCCUCUUCAGCUCCGACCAUGUUGCUGUGUGAUUAUCUCAAUUGGUUUUAAUUGAGGCAGAAACUAAAGCUCUACCAAUGAACUGUUUAAAAACAAGACACACUUUUGUAUUAAAAUUGCUUGCAGUAACAAA